AUGCUAAGCGCCUUUACAUUUCCUGCAGCCAGGCGCAAUUCAAGUAUGGAGGUUGGUCUACGGGUUGUCCGUGGACCCGACUGGAAAUAUGGCGAGCAAGAUGGCGGAGAGGGUCAUGUCGGCACUGUGGUCGAGUUGGGAGAAGACUCGACCUCUGUCCCAGACGACUGUGUGGUCGUGUUGUGGGACUCGGGGAUCAGGAAAACCUACAGGGCGGGGCAUGAGGGGGGCUUUGAUCUGCUGGUCCUAGACAACGGCCCUUGCGGCACGAAACAUCCGGGCAUCAACUGUGACGGCUGCAAGGUCGAGGUCAUCUCGGGGAUACGCUGGAAGUGCAGUGACUGCAUCAACUUUGACUUCUGCACUAAGUGUUACAUGUCUGACGCGCAUGACGUCAGACAUUCCUUUUAUAGGAUAUAUAGCCCGUCUCAUGAGAGGCAAGAAGUUGGGCGACGUCGUGACAGCAGUCAGAAGAGAGUGGCCAGGGGUAUUUUUACAAAUGCCACCGUGUGCAGGGGCUGUGACUGGAAGUGGGGGAAUCAGGACGGUCAAACUGAACAAGAAGAGGAUCUUGAUCUUGCAUCAGCUCUCGCCAUGGGACUUUUCCAGCAAACGGUCAUGAGGCCGUUACAAAACAUGAUUGUUAUGCAUGGACUUCUGAGUGCUAUGCAAGAAGUGACUUCAGAAAGUGCAAAUACUCAAGAUGUUGGAACUAGGGACGUCCGUGGACCUGAUUCGAAGAGGCAGAACCAGGACGGGGGUGCCGGACGUGUUGGUACGGUGGUGGAAGUUGGUGGUCCGGCCUUGAACCAGACGCCAGAGAGAUGUGUCAAGGUCGUCAGGGACCACGGCGAGACUUACAGUUCGUAUGUGUGUUUUUUUGAGGUCGGAAACGAAGUGAUCUGCAGGAAAGACCUUCACAAACUGAAAAAAUUGCAACAAGACCAUGGGGGCCGGUUAGAAGAGAUGUCGAGGUACACCAGACGGAUAGCGCGAGUCAGACAAGUCGACGAGGACGGAGAUGUCCAUGUUGUCCAUGAUGACCAAAAGAUGUUUUGCUACAACCCUGGAGCUCUAGACAAAUGUGAUUAA